UUGCCUAGACUGGAUCGCACACCUCAAGCGUCUCCCACGCAUACAGCCUGGCGUCGUCACUCUCCCCGCGUCCAAUCUAGCGACAAUCACUGCUCUCAACCAUGAGUGCGAGCAAGGAGGGGCACACGACGCCCGACAGAAGUGAUGGAGACCUCGCUCCCUCUUCGCCUGCCCCACCACUGUCCGCACGCUCGACCGGCGAACAGAGCGCCUCUGCAGCAUCCAUCCGCACCAAUGCGACUGCCUCCACCAAAGCGCGUCGAGCCUUGUCCGGCUUCAAGUCCCGCUUCGCCUCCUCCAACAGACGCCAUCGGCACACUGAGAGCGCUCCUCCGGAAUCCUUUGAGCGUCUAGCGGCAGAAGAUGAGCGGGAGCAAGAGGGCAUCCCACACGCGGACUCUGCCACGCAGACCACCACCGUGCAGAGGGAAGGGAGCGUGAGGAGGAGAAAGCCAUCGCUUCAAUCCAUCAAGUCUCUCGCUCGCAGAACAUCCUCUGUCGGCAAUGGUAAUCGAUCCAGCGCUCACUCACAUCAAGAGGACGAUGCACCGCCCCUGCCAGAAAAGUCUCUCGAUGCUGCCGCCUACGAUCUGGAUACGGGCAACGCCCAAGCGAUGGAAAAGGUCAGCAACAACGUUCAACGAGCUCCCAGCGCAGCGACUCGACUUCACAGCUACUCUCAUCAUGCGAGUCCUCCAGACUCAGGGUCAAGCAAGUGGAAGGACCCGCUUGCAUCUCAGCGAGGUCUCAUCCUGCGGGCUGUUCUGAUCACAGCGAUCGCUGCUCAAGUUUCAGCCUGGCUGCUCCACUGGUCCGUGGGCAUCAUAGCUGCAGCCAUUGGUGCUCACGUAUCGCUUAAGUUGUUCGAGAGAGCUGGGAAGGAUAUGGCAUGGGAGAGGGAGGCAGAAGAGAGAAGAAAGUCGGCCAAGCAGGCACACCCAGAAACUGCAGAAUGGGUCAAUCACCUCCUCGCUACUGUCUGGCCACUCAUAUCAGCCGAGUAUUUUGUACCGUUCAUCGAUCUUUUGGAGGACGCUCUGAUGCAGCAGGUUCCGGGCAUAGUGCACGGGUGUCGUGUGGAAGGCUUGGAUCAGGGCACCAUACCUCUUCGUAUCGUCGAUUUCAAGCGCUUGCCGGACGAUGAUGAGAGCUUUUCACAAAGCGAGACGACCAGCAAGAGCGCGCGUAAACAGGAGACGCUCGAGGAGGAUCGCACACAGCAGCACGACGCACCAGCGCUCGAUGUUGGUGACUUUGUCAAUCUGGAAGUUUCAUUCGCGUAUCGCGGCCCGCAAGCACGUAGACGCAAAGCUCAAAGCAAUAAAGUGGAGGGCCUUGAUACCCCAACAGACGCUCAUCGUGGCGUCAACGAUGGAAACGAAGAUGAUGACUCCACCGGUAUAGAGCAGAUACAUCUACUGUUGUACAUGGCCAUCGGCUUGCAGAAGAUUGCGGCAGUCCAGGUGCCAGUCUGGAUAGAGAUGCUCGGUAUCGAGGGCAAAAUGCGUGUCCGGUUGCAAAUGACGCCUGCCGCACCUUUCGUCAAACACGUCGCUUUCUGCUUUGUCGACAAACCUCGCAUCGAGAUCUCGGCCAAGCCCUUGAGCAAGCGAAUGGUCAUCGACGCGAUGAACUUGCCACUGAUAUCUAGCUACGUCCUGCACUCCAUUGAGCGCGUCAUCAAAGAUUUUAUCGCGCCUCAGAGCUACACCGUCGAUGUGGGGUCUCUCUUGGGCGCUGGCGAUGGCCCUCAAAACAUCUACGCACUCGGCGUCAUGGCGGUGGUUCUGCACCGCGCAAAUGGCCUCGCAGCCGCGGAUGUGGGAGGCACGUCGGACCCCUACGUCGGCAUAUCAUUCGCACGGGCGGGUAAGCCACUAUACCUCAGUCGCGUCAUGGCGCGCACCAAGAACCCAGUGUGGGGGGAGACGAGCUUCCUUCUCGUUGGGCCUGAUGAGGUGCGAGACCACGAGCGACUUCGUCUCGCUGUGUACGACGCGGACCGAUUCAGCGCGGAUGACGAGCUCGGUCACGUUGAUGUGUCCAUCUCGCGGCUCAUUCGACGAAGUUUGAACAGGCCUGGCCAGCCAGGGCAUGUCAGCUUCCUCGAACAUCGACAGGACGAUCUCGCUCCUGCCCGUCGAGGCGCUUCGGUUCAGGGCUCGCUCAACUAUAGCGUGGGAUUCUUCCGCCUGGCUCAGCCUGCCUCCGGUCACCGCGCAACCCGCACGCAUCUGCUCCAGCAGGCAGCCAAUAAAGCGAACUCGCCGGCAGAAUCCUCUCCAGGACCGCCCAGCGCAAGCACGCCACACGAGACAGCAGGUGUGGGCACUCAAAGUGCUACGAGUGAAGCUGACAAGCUAGAUGUCGCAGCGAGCCAUGAGGCGCUGCCUCUCUCCCAGUACUACACAGGCUUCGACCGCUUCAUGAAUAGCCUUGGCUUCCCUCUCGAUGCCGAGCUGAUGAAACAACGCGCUGAGCGGCACCAACGCAUAGCAAAGCUUACUCGAAUGAUUGCUGGCGACGCAGAAGCAACUUCGGCACCCCCCGAGCCCGAGUGGCCAUCCGGAAUCCUUGCAUUUCACAUCCAUUCCAUCGAUGGUCUCGAGGCGCAAAGCUCUUCAAGCACGUACAGCAGCAAUUCCAAGAGGCUCGCACCAAAGACACGCUACACUGGAAACGAAGAGGCUACUGGCAAAGCUGCACCCAAAUUCCCAAGCUCGUACGUCCAAGUGCUGAUCAACGACGAAGCAGUGUUCCGCACUCGAACCAAAGCCCUUGAUCCUCGCCCAUUCAUCAACGCUGGGACGGAGCGCUGGAUUGCGGACUGGCGAAAAGCACGGAUCGACUUUGUCGUACGAGACCAGCGCAUGCGAGAGUCUGAUCCCAUUCUAGGAUUGGUCGGUCUUCGUGUAGCCGAUGUGCUCCAAAGCAGCAGUCGAAGCUCAGGAGCGUGGUACACGUUGACCGGCGGGCUAGGCUUCGGAAAGAUUCGCAUCACUUUGGUCUGGCGCUCCGUCGAGUUGAGCGCCCCCCGCCCCUUGGCUGGCUGGAAUGUGGGCGUUGUCGAAGUCUCUGCCGCUCGCGUACACGGCAUCAAACGGGCAGAUCUCGACAUUGAUCGCGCUGCGCACCUUUACUUUGAGACGGUUGGGGGCACAGCGGAGACGGACGAUGUCGAGGCUCAUAGUGACAGCGACCAACUGGGUUUCGAAUUCCCUCUCAAGAGCCCUUUGCGCAUCGCAGUGCGGCAAAGGUACCCGAGCUUCCUAUACGUGCAUCUGCGCAGCGAUUCGCGUGUGCCGGGCAGGAAGUACAAGCAUGCGUAUGCCCUCACGCCGCUCAAUCGCAUCGCAGACGACACGCCCCUUGUGCAGCGCCUGCCUCUCUAUUCUGCCGCGGAAUGGCCAAAAUUGGAGCAACAUGCGCUGGGUGCGUUCUCCGCUACCGAAGUGCCUCCAGACAAGGGCAAGCUCAGACCCGUCCUCGAAGAAAUGUGCACCGCCGCGAAAGAUGGUGCAGGAGAUGAUCACGAGCUCGUGGAAGGCUUGAAACUGGUGGGCCAUCUCGACCUCGCAUUUGUCUACCACAGCGGGAUCGCUCCAGAGCAUAAGGCGCUCACAGCCGGCGACCAGGAGAUGCGUUUCGCUUUCGAGUGCUACCUCGCGUCCAGCGAUGCUGGCGAGCGAGACAAGCCCAAGUCCCUUUCUGAGCAGGUUCGGCGAACAAUGUCUGCCAAGCAAACUCAAGGUCCUUUGCCUGAGCGAAUCUCGAGCGACAGCAGUCUGGAUAAGGUCACAGGUCCACUUCGAGAUCCUUCACCAAAGGCUUCAAAGGCUGCAAGUGCCGCCAACAAGAGAAUGUCCAUGCCUCCGGACUCGCUACGCGUCGACACCGCUGUGAACGGCGAGGGCAGCAAUUCUCUCCACAAGCGGUCGGUCUCGGUACCCGUCGCGGAAGGCAAAGGCAAAGGGCGCAACGAAGCACAGGAAGAGGUCGAUGAAGAUGCUUUGUACGAGGAGGAAGCAGAGGCGGCGCAGUCUGACGAAGAGUGGGACAGGUCUAGAGACUCUGCAAUGGACUUUGACGAUGACCCCACCAGCCCAGAGGGCAGACGAGCUAAGCAGAGAUCCCUAGCGAGGCAACACAAGGGUGUGGCUCAAGUCAAGGGCGUUCGUUCUUUGAUGUGGAUCAAACAGAAUGCAGAAGACGGCAUCGGCAGAAUCAAGCGAGUCACAGGAGAACAGCGCAAGCGCGUCCCCAAGAUGGAAAGUGAGGGUGUUUCUCACUUCUAGUUCGCAUGUACAUUUGCGACUUGAUAAUGGCGUUUGAGGAAACAAUGCCGCAAGCCACGCAAGUCCCUUGCGCAAAGAUCCUUUGUCCCGCAAGAUCCCCCCAACAGAUCUGCUCUGAAAUCAGCUCUUAUACCUG